UCCCAACACUGCGUCCCGUGCGUCCGUCCUUCCGUUCGUUCAGCAGAAUCAGCAGAAUUGGCACGACUCGCACUGAUUCGCACGUUGAUCGCAAGGAUCAGCACGGAUCUGCACGGAUCGUCGGCCGAAGAGGAAGAAUUCAUUGGAACUCAUCCAACGACUCAUUGGUCACUAUGGUUGCAUCAGCAGGCGUUCUGACGACAGAAAUUUUGGAUCAGUUGCGCGAAAAGUUCUAUGAGGACAGUCGGAAUUCUUUGGCGCAAAAUGUCUGUACUAGAACAAACCCCUUGGAAGCUUGUGCUUCGCGGAAAGUAGUGCAAGAAACUCAGCACGUGUUCAACCACAAGGUGUCCACGGAGGGGAAGCCCAUAACGAAUCAGAAGAAUUCUGGCAGAUGUUGGAUAUUCUCUGCCUUAAAUGUGAUACGGAUCGUCUUUAUGAAACAAUACAAUUUAGACGAGUUCGAGUUCAGUCAAGCAUAUGUGUUCUUCUGGGACAAGCUUGAACGAUGCAACUAUUUUCUACAUAACAUCGUGAAAACUGGUAAAAGGAACGAACCGGUGGAUGGUCGGUUGGUGUCGUUCCUGUUACAGGAUCCCAUCAACGACGGUGGACAAUGGGACAUGAUCAUCAAUCUCGUUAACCGAUAUGGCCUCGUUCCCAAAGCUUGUUUCCCAGAAUCGUACAGUAGCGAGACUAGUUCGCGCAUGAACACGAUUUUAAAAAGUAAACUGAGAGAGUACGCCAAAGAGUUGAGAGACAUGAUGUCCAAGGAUGCGACCGAGGACGAACUGGAAGCUAAGAUCCUCGAGCAGAUGACUGUCAUGUACCGAAUACUUGGUAUCUGUCUAGGGAUACCUCCAAAAACGAUCACCUGGGAAUAUUAUGACAAGUCAAAAAAUUAUAACAAGUUCGGACCCGUAACGCCAGUAGAAUUCUACGAGACAUACGUGAAACCCUACUACAACGUGGAAGACAAAGUUUGCUUGGUGUCCGAUCCCAGGCCGACUAAUCCAUUUGGCAAACUUUAUACCAUAGAUUGUUUAGGAAACGUCCUGGGUGGGCGACCUACUCUGUAUAACAAUCAACCGCCUGAAUUAUUAAUGAAAUUGUGCGCAGAGAGCAUCAAGCAAAACGAGCCCGUAUGGUUCGGAUGCGACGUUAAUAAACGUAUAUUGAGUAAGCAAGGUAUACAGGAUCUGUGCGUGUACGAUUUUGAAUUGAUGUUCGGAACCAAUAUACAAAUGAAUCUCACGAAAGCGGACAGACUACUCUACGGCGAUUCUAUGAUGAUGCAUGCGAUGGCUUUAACAGCCGUUUCGAUAACUGACGAAGGAAAGAUCAAGCAGUUUCGAGUAGAGAAUUCCUGGGGAGAUGAGCAAGGACAGAAGGGGUAUCUACUGUUGACAGCCGACUGGUUCGCCGAAUUUGUUUUCGAAGUAGUCAUCGACAAGAAAUUAGUGUCCGCCGAUGUUUUGGACGUAUUCAAACAAGAACCUAUUAUUCUACCUGCAUGGGAUCCUAUGGGCACUCUUGCCCAGUGAUAGUUCUAAUUAAGAGUAAGCAGCUUGUAACACUUUCAGAUUGAAAAUAUUUUAAUUAACAGAAGACUGCAUAUAUAAUAUUAAAAAUUAAACGUCAGAUAAUCUAAAUACUACUACCGCGAACGCAUCGAUAACAUCAUCAUCGUCAUCACAGCGUGACAACCGAAGACUUUUCAACACUUUUGUAUAGUUAAUUAACACGAAAUUCGAACGUCGACUAAGGGAUAACUAUUAGAAAGUUGAAUUACGACGUGUAUUUGAAUCGUUCAAUAAUACUGGGUGUGUGAAAUCAAACACAAGCAGUUGUACGCUGUAAUUAAUGGAAAAAUAAAAAUGAACUAAUGCACA